AUGGCCGGUAAGUCGCCCUCCCCUCUCAGCCACCGUCGCAUUCCCCAUGACGAUGUUUUUGUUUGCCCCUCCUUGAGGCUCAAGCGACAACACCCCUCCACCACACUAGACAUCACAAUUGAAUCGAAACUCCUGACUUCGCAGGAAUCGCUAGUACGUGACUCUUUACCCCCAUUUUGUAUCACCAUUUUCGUUUUCCCCCUCCCCCCCCAACCACCAAAAACCCGGGCAAAGUCAAGUCAGCAGUUUGUCGACUUUUACUAUGCGACCUUUGAUAGUAACCGCGCCGGCCUUGCUGGUCUCUACCGCGAUCACUCUAUGCUCACCUUCGAGACUUCUUCGGUCCAGGGUGUAGGUGGUAUUAUUGAAAAGCUCACAAGCUUGCCUUUCGAGAAGGUCAAGCACGAGGUCGGCACCUUGGAUGCCCAGCCCUCCAGCGAGCAGGGUGGUAUUCUGGUCUUGGUCACUGGUCGCCUGCUGGUCGAUGAGGAGCAGAACCCUAUGAACUACACACAAGCUUUCCAGCUUCUACCAGACGGUGCUGGAAGCUAUUUCGUUUUCAACGAUGUCUUCCGAUUGAUUUACAACGCUUAAAUAGGAUGUGAAUUGAUGGGGAAAGAUAUUAUGAACAUUAUGAAUAUUAGAGAACGGAAUGGGUUGCCUGUCCCACAAGUUCUCUAGCUUAAACAAGUUAGGGAGUGAAGUAGAGGCAGCCAUUUCUUUCCGCUACAGUGAGAUUCCAAUUUGGGUUUACUCGUUGAAAUUAAAUACUGUUGACCUGCAACAUAUUCCUUCUUCGUGCUGCAACCGAUAGCUCCGACGAUAGAUAUAUUCUGACACCAGGUAGAAGUCCGGGAAAGCCAUCCUGGUAUAGUGGGGAUCGUUAAUUAGACAUAUCAGUUAUCUACAUCCAGCAGCGCCUCAUAGAUUCUAACCCUUCGAAUGGAGGACGAUGUUAU